AUGAUGAACUCUUCGACUUCUUCGCGCAUUCAGUUUACUGUUUCUGCAACUAAAGGCAAACACUCUACACCGUACACACACUGGUGUCCUCCCAGCCGUCCCUCAUCACACAUCCGCCCCCGUCACCCACCCCUUUUCUCGAGAUCCUCAGACGAUCGUGCAAACACUAGUGCCUCAGAUGGAAACUCUGCCGCUGUUCCCUCAUGUCCUACCUCGACCACUGUCCAAGUUUCACCGAUUCCUCCACCAGCUGAAGCCCUUCGCCCUCGAUGUCCUUUCAAACUAGCCACAUUUAUUGUGCGCACUCUGAUGCAUAUAGGACAACAGGCCGGUUUAGCUCGUACGCUCGAGACCCUAACCAUCGAUGUGUGUUGUAUCCAAGAGACUCGCAUUCAAGACUCCAGCUUCAUUAUCCGAUUGAAGUCCCCAUCAAACCCAUCAGUGAAGUUUCACUUACGCCUCUCUGGGGACCCUGAGGCUGCGGCUUCCGGUCUUGCUGGCGUUGGUGUGGCUCUCAGUGAGAGAGCUGAA